UCACACAGGGUUGAUAUUCGCAACGUUAUACCAAGUUAUUUUAGUGCAUCUUGACCUCCACGAACCAAUCACUUGUUUGCCCAUGAUUGCUCCUCCUGGAAGUAGUCUUCAGAAGACAAUUUUUUGCAUUGCUCGGCUUCAAUCCCAACAACACUACGUAGCUAUUUGGCUUGACGACAAUGCUCCGUUGCCACAAGUGUUUACAACAUGGUCUUACUAUCACGACGCUAGUGUUACAGGAUGGGAUAUACCACUUCUUCAUCGAAUUAAACAGUUUAUAGAAUGUCGUAAUAUUGUUAGAGAACCUCUUACAAUUGUAUUGGAUGAUUGAUAUUAAUUUUAUAUAUUAUAAAAACAUAAAAGAUU